CGUGCACGCUAUCGACAUCACCCCAUCCGACCGAUCCUAGCUACGAGUUUUGUUCCUACGUUAGCUUUCACGACGUCGCUCCUCUAACAGCAACGACAUACUUGUCUCCGCACGCAAUUCCUAACCCUCGCACUUCCACCUUCUUCCUCAUCCCAACGACGACGAAGACGACAAUACCACCACCACCACCACACCACCAAAGGUAACCCGACACCAACAGCAACCAUGAAGGUCAUCAGCAAGGAAGAGGAGCAGGCUCACUACCGCGAGGUAGUCAAGGGCGGUUUGAUCGGUGGUACCGGCGGUCUCAUCCUCGGUCUCGGCGGUGUCAUGUUCGGCAUGAAGCGCUACCAGCUGAUCCGCCAGCUCUCGCUCCCCUUCCGCGCCUUCCUGGUUACCUCGGCGGGCACCUUCGGCGCCAUCAUCCUGGCCGAGCGCUACAGCGUCACCUUCCAGCGCGCCAAGGACCCCGGGAUGAAGUACCUCGAGGCCGGCAGGAAGAAGCACGAGGCGGAGCACCUGGCCAACAUGACCCCGGCUCAGCGCUUCAAGGAAUGGGGCCGCGAGAACCGCUACAGCAUCGUUUUUGCGUCCUGGAUCGCCGCCAUGGGCGCCGCCAUGGCCAUCGUCAACCGCAACAAGUACCUCAGCGCCAGCCAGAAGCUCGUCCAGGCCCGUGUGUACGCCCAGGGCCUGACGCUCGCCGUCCUCAUCGCCACGGCCGCCUUCGAGACCGCCGACGCCAAGAGCGGCAAGGGCAGGUGGGAGACCGUCAUGGUCGUUGAUCCCAACGAUCCUACUCACCAGCACUUGAUCGAGAAGAAGAUCAAGAAGGAGGAGUACGAGGGUCAGAACCUCUGGCAGGAUAUGGUCGCUGCCGAGGAGAAGAGACUCGCCCAUAAGAAGGCCAUGGAGGAGGCUGAGGCCAACAAGGCUUCCGCUUCCGCUUAAGCGCACUGCGCCAGCAGUCAGAUUGCCAUGACAAAGAGAGCGAUAGUUCCCUCUAUGUCUCACUCGAGAUCUAUCUUGUCCACCUUCUUCUCUCCAUACCGGCCAUAUCGCAUAUGGUCAUCGGUGGGGGAGGGCGAAGGUGAAGACGAAAUCAAAAUUGGAAAUCCAGAAAUCAAGCGAGGGAGGAAAAAAAAGAGAAAGCCGUGGGUGUUGGCAAACGUCGUUUGUUAUCACCACGGCUAUUGGAAACUCACCGGCGCGCACUACCUACGCUACCUAACCUAACAUACCUUACCUUCUACUACCUCACACAUCAACAUCUCUACUCUCUUCUACAUACUCAAAUUUUGCAUUAGCACCGGUGUUUCAUUUCGAA